UUCUCCAUCGCCAUCCUCAUCAUCUCUUCUGCUGCGAAAAGAACAACAAACAAUCCAAUCAAUCAAAUGGGUUCUCGAUGGAUUCGACCCGAGGUGUACCCGCUGUUCGCGACGACUGGCGUGGCCGUCGGUAUUUGUGUGAUGCAACUUGUGCGCAAUAUCACCACCAACCCUGAAGUCAGGGUGACAAAGCAGAACAGGGCAGCCGGGGUGCUAGAGAAUCAUGAUGAAGGGAAGAGGUACUCCCAACACGGGGUGCGCAGGUUCUGGCUCUCCAAGCGCCCUGACUACAUGCAUGAACUAGACAACCCGCCCACCGACCGGAAGUAGAUCCAAUGACGGAUCGUCCAUGAGAAGAGGCCGCCGUGUUUGCUCCAUCCAUCACACAUAUAUGCAUACUACAAGAAUAAACGUGCUUCGUCGCGCCUGCUAUUAUUGUUGUUUUCCUUUGUUUACUAUAUCCGUGUAGUCAUACAUGUAUGUUUUUAUGGCUGAAAAGAACUAUUUUGUUGUUUUCUUUGAUAUGACAUGGUAAUACAUUUUAACAUCUCUAUAGUUUAUUUUCUUGCCAAAAAACAACCACAUGUAUUAUCCUUUUGCCGAGAAGAAAAAAAGGCAGCAAGAGGAAUUUUUGAAUAAAGUGUCACAUCAUCGGU